AUGGAGCUGGAGAAGGGACUGACCGGCCUCAUCCUGGUCAUCUUUCUUCUUCAAGGUACUGUGGCCCAGUCAAAACAAGAAAGCCAUUUGGUAAAAGUGGAUGACAAUCGAGGAGAUGGUUCUGUGCUUCUGACCUGUGACUUGAAAGACAAGACCAUCAUGUGGCUUAAAGAUGGGAACACAAUAAGUACCCCCAAUGCAACUAAAAACACGUGGAAUCUGGGAAGUAUUACCAAAGACCCUCGAGGCACUUUUUGGUGUCAAGGAGCAAAGGACAAGUCAAAGCCACUCCAAGUGUAUUACAGAAUGUGUGAGAACUGCAUUGAGCUAAAUAUAGGCACCAUAUCCGGUUUUAUCUUCGCUGAAAUCAUUAGCAUUUUCUUCCUUGCUGUUGGUGUAUACUUCAUUGCUGGGCAGGAUGGAGUUCGACAGUCAAGAG